AUGCGAAUGUCUCCCGGGGGCAACGUCUGCCACAGAGCAGUUUUGGGUGCAGGAUUACGCCUUCUAGAACUGCUGCUAGGUGCGGCUGGGAAUAACGGUAACAAUUCUUUAUCUCCCAUUCAUGUAAGCGGUGCUGUAAGACCUAAUUUACCAGUAUAUCAAGAAGGUGAAGACUUUGCAUGUUACCUCAUUCGUUCCGAACGAGUUGCCAGCCUUUUAGAUAUCAGUGAAGACAGUUAUGCUGUGCGUUUGGGAAGCUUGCUUACAGGUAAAGCAGUAGAGAUAUAUACCUCAUUGUCCCCCGAAAUCACUGCUGAUUAUAAACAGUUGAAAAAAGCUCUUCUUAAUGGGUUUAGUAAGACCCCUAAUGGGUAUAGACAAGACUUUAGAGCUGCUAAAAUCAAGGUCGGGGAAACCUAUAAACAAUUUUCAAUUAAUCUCGGUAGACUUUUUGAUCAGUGGAUAGAUAGUAGCGGCCUCGAGAACUCUUACGAAUCGCUUAGAAGCUUCAUGAUACUUGACCAAUUUAAAUCAUCCCUUUCCCCGGAUCUUAGGAUAUAUAUCAAAGAGCAUAAUGUACCUACUCUUGAUCAGACGGUGCAGUUGGCUGAUAACUGGGCUGCCGCUCACAAUGCUUAUCCCAAGUCGAACACUACUUUCAAAACCAAGAAAAGUACGGAGAAUAAGCCCGUUAAUCAUGUUCCUGUCAUGAAGGAGAACUUUAUCAAAGAAAUCAAAUGUCACAAUUGUGGAGAAUUUGGUCACUACAGGAGUCGAUGCCCUAAAAAUCCUUUAGCUUUUAAGAGUAUUCCUUCAGAGAGGAAUCCUGAAAAGGUUAGCUUUUCAUUAUCAGAUUCAACUCCACGUAAAUAUCUGGCUAAUGGUACAGUAAAUGGACAGAGGGUUUCCACUAUCCUUAGAGACUCUGGUUGUUCAUGUGUUUUGAUCUCAAACGAAGUACUGCCCGACAUUGAUAUCAGUAACAGGGUACGAGAUUCUAAUUCAAAUUCUGAUGUAUUUGAUUCUCCCGUCCAUAAGAAUGACCAGGUUCAGGCUAUACAGACCAGGGCGUACAAGAACAAGAGGAUUCAUCCUCUCGUUCUGCCUAAAUUGAAACCUGUAAAUAUCACUCCGACGGAAUUUGCGAAACUGCAAAGUUCCUGUCCCGCACUGUCUUCUGUCAGGGAAAAGGUCAAAUCGAGAGAACCUCAUAUGACCCGUGAUGGUAUGAUGUUUGAGUAUAUUGAAAAUGAUGGAUUGCUUUACCGCAAGUGCAUAAAAUCAAAAUUUCAGGAUAGGAUUGGGAAGAUGUCUUUAGUCGUGCCCGCCGACUGCCGAGCUAUAGUAACGUCAAUUGCUCAUGAGUCUCCUCUCGCUGGCCACUUUUCUCAUCGUAAAACUUUGAGAAGGGUAGCAGAUCAGUUUUAUUGGCCAAGUAUGGGAAGUGACACUACGCGACGGGCUUCCCUGAAGCAAAUAGACUCCGUGUCUGUGGCGGAAGCUUUGCUCAUUAUAUUUUCCAGAGUAGGAAUUCCCAGGGAAAUUCUUUCCGACAGAGGCACGCAGUUCACUUCACAACUGAUGGGUGAACUUUAUAAAUUGUUGGGUAUUAAGCCUCUCUUCACCACUCCAUAUCAUCCUAGUGGAAAUGGAAGGGUUGAAAGAUUUCAUAGUACUCUGAAAGCAUCCUUAAGAAAGCUGUGUGUGGACAAGCCCAAAGAUUGGCACCGCUAUCUUAUUCCUACUUUAUUUGCCCUCAGAGAAAUUCCGAGUGACAGGACUGGGUUUUUUGCCUUCGAACUCCUGUAUGGUCGUGCUGUGCGAGGUCCUCUGACAGUGCUGAGAGAUCUAUGGGAGGAUAGGAGUAUCAAGGAUGACGAGCGAACUACCUUUCAGUAUGUCAUAGAGCUCAGGGAUAAACUAGAGGAAUGUGCUAAGAUAGCUGCUCAUAAUGCUGACAUCAGCUCAACCAGGUAUCAUCGACGAGCGAGUGUAUCACAAGCCCAGUUAAUGGAUGAAGUUCAGGUUCUAGAAAGUAUUCCAGGUAACAGUGAUGUUGCUCAGUCAUGUGUAGAUGUAGAAAAUGACAUGUGUCCCAUUACACCAGAUGGUAGAGUCGAUUCUUUACUGUCUAUUGACACUUCAGGUGCUGAAAUUAACUCAGAACUAACACAUGAUCAGCAGAAUGUUAUCCAUAAACUUGUAUCAGAAUUUUCAGAUGUGUUUUCAGAAACUCCAGGUUGUACUUUUCUUGUUGAGCAUGACAUCUCCCUCAGUACUAUUGAGCGUUUGAAGCCUAAGAUAUAUCCCAUACCUCUCCACCUGCAAUCACACUUUGAAUAG